AUGUCAAAGCAGAAGGUCGAACCGGAUGACAUGAUCACCGCAGUUUCGUACCGGACGGAGUUCAGUGUUAUCGACAUGGAUGCCUUGAAAAAGGUGCCACUACCGCCUAGUAAAACCGGUCCCGUCUCUGCUGAGGAGGAAACGGAGGAAGUCGCGAGUUUACAAAAAGCAUCCAAGAUUGUCAUGGAGCAGACUUCAAAGGCUGCCGGCAGCGGCCGCAAGAUAUUCAUUAUCCGAGACGGGGAGAGACUCGACCAGGUGUUCCCCGGAUGGGAACGGCGCGCGUUCACGACGUUCUGGGAAUUCAAACCGUACGACCUGAAUAUACCGAUGAAAUUGCUGACACGGACCAACGGUCCGAUGGAAUUCCGCUACGACCCUCCACUGACAGAGAUCGGUUACGCGAUGGCGCAGUUGAUAGGCCGUGGUGCGAAACUGUCCAACGUCAAAGUGGACUAUAUUUAUUCCAGUCCGGCGAUGAGCUGCCUUCAGACGGCGCACGGAUUUCUGAAAUCCUUCCCAAAGUCCAAACUGAAGAUCCGGGUAGAGCCAGGACUUUUCGACUUCAUGGCAUGGUACAGGGCGACCAAUAUGGGUUGGCUGACCGUCCAGCAGUUGGUAAAUAACAGCUACGAGGUGGACGAAAGCUACGUGCCGAUCAUGACCAGUGACGAGGUUUUCGACAAGGCCAGCAACGAGUCAAUAGUCGAGUACUACCAGCGAUCCGCCAAGGUAAUUAAUAAAAUUAUCAAACAACACUCGGAGAAACCAGUGGCCAUCGCGUUAUUCGCCCAUGCCACGUCGCUGGACGCAAUAUCGCACGAACUUAUGCAGAGGAGACUGCUGCCAACUAUGGAUCAGAUGAUCAAGACACCCGAGUACUAUCCGUACAAUGCGGCGAUGGCUUUGGAACAGCGGGCAGAUGGCGCGAAGUGGCAGCUGAUGCCGUCCGCCUUGCCACCGAUCAGCUACGACGAUUUUACGAACAGGUUCAAUUUCCGGUUCGCCACCCGCGGCUUACUGGGCGACGAAGGUUCCUCUACCGAUCAAAGCACAGGGUGA